UCUCCACUUUCUCCUGUGCAGCGCGUUUCGUCUCCAAAGCCUGUUUUCAGAAGCAUGUCCUCAGACAUGCAACAGCGGUGCGAUGAAGCGGACCAAAAAGAAGCCACCAGCAUGACAGCAUAAAAGCAGAUUGAAUCUCGCAGUCAUGCUUUGAAUGACGGACAGGGAGCUUGUUGAAAAUAAAUCGAGUGCAGGACUCAAAGUGGCCAUGGCUAUUAACCAUGAAGCUGGAGCCUGAUCAGCCAGUCUCUUCCAGUCCAACCAAGCGUCUCUGGUGCUACACUAAACGGACACUCAGAAUAUGUCAACCAAGCACGAGAAAGCCCAACAGACUGCUUAACACUUGCCGUUCCAUCUGAGUAGGAGGUGGCGACAAAAGACCAAAUGCCAUGGAUGCAUUCAAUUUCACAUAUUGGAAUGCCUCUGAAGGCAAUGACACAGAAGUUGUGGAAGAGAGUGAAAGCGCCUACAAGACUGUGGAGGUGGUGUUCAUCGUGUUGGUGGCUGGUUCCCUCAGUUUGGUUACAGUUAUUGGAAAUAUCCUAGUCAUGCUUUCCAUCAAAGUUAAUAGGAACUUGCAAACUGUCAACAACUACUUUUUAUUCAGCCUUGCAUGUGCUGAUCUAAUUAUUGGACUGUGCUCAAUGAACUUGUACACGGUCUACAUAGUGAUUGGCUACUGGCCCCUGGGGCCAGUGGUGUGCGACUUGUGGUUAGCAUUGGACUAUGUUGUCAGCAAUGCAUCUGUCAUGAAUCUUCUCAUUAUAAGCUUUGAUAGAUACUUUUGUGUCACCAAGCCCCUCACCUACCCUGUCAAAAGGACCACCAAAAUGGCAGGAAUGAUGAUUGCAGCAGCCUGGGUCCUGUCUUUCAUCCUCUGGGCGCCUGCUAUUCUCUUCUGGCAGUUCAUUGUUGGUGGGCGGACUGUGCCUGAGAAGGAGUGCUAUAUCCAGUUCUUUUCCAAUGCUGCCGUUACUUUUGGCACAGCGAUUGCUGCCUUUUACCUACCUGUCAUCAUCAUGAUUCAGCUAUACUGGCAGAUCUCCAGAGCAAGCAAGAGCCGCGUGAAGAAGGAUAACAGGAAGCCAUCAGGAGUAAAUCCAGAAUCCCUCUCACCGGGCCAGAGGAGAAACAACACUCCAAAAUCUAACAACAACAAUGUACCAGGGGAAGAUGCGGGGCAUUCGCAGAGCCAGAAUGCUGCUGAUGGGGCAAACCAGCAUGAUGGAAAACUUCAAAAUGGCAAAGGACCUUCCUCGACCAAUGCUGAGGGAGAAACUGAAGGUGAUGAUGUGGCAAGGGAAAAUUGUACUCCUGGAGAGGAGAAGGAAAGCUCCAAUGACUCAACAUCUGGCAGUGUGGUUGCUUCCAAUCAGAAAGAUGAGGAACCAGCACCAUCCACAGCCAACUCCAGUCUUGAGACAAGCCAGCCACUCACACGUCAGCGAGCCAAGGCAGGGGGCUCCAAGCUGACAUGCAUUAAGAUCAAGACUAAAUCACCCAAAGGGGACUGCUACACGCCAUCUAAUGCCACUGUUGAGAUUGUCCCAACCUCAGAGCGGCAGAACCACGUGGCUCGGAAGAUUGUGAAGAUGACUAAGCAACCUCCAAACAAGAAGAAGAAAGCAGCGCCAUCACGGGAGAAAAAAGUUACCCGCACCAUAAUGGCCAUCCUGGUAGCUUUUGUUGCCACCUGGACUCCUUAUAAUGUGAUGGUGCUUAUUAACACCUUUUGCUCUAGUUGUAUCCCCAACACAGUGUGGACUAUUGGUUACUGGCUAUGCUAUAUCAACAGUACCAUUAAUCCGGCCUGCUACGCCCUGUGCAAUGUCACAUUUAAAAAGACAUUCAAACAUCUUCUUCUCUGCCAAUAUAAGAAUAUUAGGUCAGCCAGAUAAAUACGUGCCACUUGAGAGGAACCACUAAUAAAUGAGCUCUGUGUCUAUGAGUGUGAAUGUGUGUGUCAUCCAUGAAUACAUGAGUGUGUCUGUGAAAGAGGUUUGUAAGCAUCAUAAAGACUGCAAGAGUACAUUUUGAAAUCAUUUACCAUCAUUUGGUCAUUCGUUCUUCAAAUUCUCUCAGUAACCGGUUGUAGCACUUUACACAAAUUCAGCUGAAGUCAGUUGCAUUGAGAUAUGUCUUGCAGAAACAGUGUAGAUAGGAAAGAUAGUGGGGU